AAAAAAGAACGACUACCAUUUUUUUCUAUAUGGAAGAAAUUGAAGUUUCUAAUAAAUUUUUGUUGUUUACAAAUUUGUUUGUUUACGAUUGAUUAAUCUUUAUCUAAAACAUCCACACAAUGUCAACAACAAAUCCGCCGCCACCUCCCCCUCGUCAUCAUGAAAAAACCAUCUUCAAAUGCAACCAACACACAACAAUAAUAUCGGAAAAAAUCUUAAAAUUCUAUCAAGAUAAUGAAUUAUUCGAUACAUUAUUAAUAAUUGGAACAAAUUGUUUAAAUAUUCAUGCACAUAAAAUAGUCCUUUGUUCAUUAAGUGAGUAUUUUUUAGAAUUAUUUCGUACAACUCAACAAAAAACUGUCAACACAACAAAUUCAAAUGAAAAUAUUAUUAAACUUAGCGAAAUCGAAUCAUGGACAAUGGAAUUAAUAAUCGAUUUUAUGUACAAAGGUUCAAUUGAAUUAAGUAUAAAAACAGUCAAAGCUUUAUUAAGAACUGCAUCGAUUUUAAAAAUAAACACAUUAAUUUAUGGUUGUUGUGAAUUAAUUGAAAAAAAUAUAAAUUCCAAUAAUUCAUUAAAUUGGCUACAAUUGGCCAAUGAAUUGGGUCUACCCGCAUUAACAAACAAAUCUCUAGAAUGUAUUUAUGCUAAUUUUAAGAAAAUAUUAAAAAAGAAAGAAUUGUUAAAGUUGAGUGAAAGUGAAUUGAAAGAUUUACUUUUUAUCAACAAUCCCCAUGAAAAUCUGGGGGAACAGGUUUUCAUGUCUUUGGUAGCAUGGAUAAACUAUGACAAACCUAAUCGUGAGCACUUGGUUAUAGAGCUUCUAUCAAUGGUUCAUUUUCAAGCUCUAACUCCAAAGUUCAUUCUGAAAAACAGAAGUUCAGUUUGUCGUAGUGUCGAAAGCUACGAAUUGAUUUGUAGUUGGUUGCAAUGGCAUUUACUACCCGAAACUCGUUCCAACGAACUAUCAAAUUCUGCUUCUUCUUCGUCGUCAUCCAAACCGAAAAAGAAACCAAAGAAAAAACAAAAGAAAAAACCCCAUAAACUUGGAGUAAUUUGUAUGAGAGAUAGCGAAAUUAUUAUAAAAACAUUUAAUCCAGAUUUAAAUUCAUGGUCAACCAAAGUAGACACUCAAUCACCGACUGAUAAAAAAUAUUCAUCAACAAUUGUAAUUGAUAAUAAAUUAAUUUUAGUUGGUGGAUCGAAUUUCAAUAACUACCGAACAAAUUCGGUAGAAUGUUUAGAUUUAGACACAUCCGAAUGGAUUUAUUUCCCGCCAAUGAAUAAAGCUCGUAGAUAUUGUCAAUUAGAAGAUUUAAAUGGUCAUUUAUGUGCAAUUGGUGGUGAUUUAUCCAAUUUAAGAUCAUUGGAAAUAUAUAAUUUUGCAUCACAAAAAUGGUUAGAUUUGGAACCAUUAUCACCUUUAAGUUCAACAAGUGGAAUAGCAUCACAUAAUCGUAUAUUGUAUAUACUUGAUUUAGAAAAUGGUUUUUUACAAACUUAUCAAGUUUCAACGAAUCAAUGGACAUCGAAAGAAAGUUUAUUAAAUUUACAAUAUUACAAUAGAUGGGGUUAUUUAUUUACAAAUUUUGGAUUUGCUGCUACCGAACAAUAUUUGUAUAUAAUUGGUGGAUUUUUUGUUAGUCAUGAUGGUUAUGAUGAGGAACAUGUUUAUGAUGUAUAUCGUUAUGAUUUAUUGAAUAAUAGUUGGAUGGAAAUGGCAGCAUUAACAAAAUAUAGUGCCUGUAUUGAGAGUAUAGUUUAUAAGAAUAAAAUAAUAAUAUGCGAUAUGGAGGAGAUAGAUGAAUAUGAUUUGGAACAAGAUAGAUGGAAUACAUUGGGUCCGUUAUCGGUGGAAAAUUGUGAUACAUGUUCUCUAACGUAUUUAAAAUAAAUUAUAUAUGAGCUUUAUAAGCUUGAGUUGGUUUUUUUUUAAUGCACUAUUUGACCUAAAAAAUAGACUGUCUUCUAGAACACUUUUGCCAAAAAGACCUGAUGAACGAAAUUUCACACAAAAAACCCCAAGACUUUAAAAUUGAUAUAUAUACUAUAUUCCUGAUAUUUAAAGACUUUGAUAGAAUAAAAAUAGUAAAGAUUUAUGUCAACAAUGGAGAUUAAAUCAUAUUAAAGCAAUUCCGGAAUGAUAAGCCCCUUUCAAAUGUAAUAUCAACUUCGAGCAGAACAUCACGAUUGACUGAUAUAAGAUUUAACUUUAAAGUAGUCACAGAAUUUGAUUACCUGGGAUCCACAAGGACAAGCGUCGAGGAAAGCCUUACAACGAAAGAAAUGUGCUAACAGCUAGGACACUGACGCAACAGGUCAACCGACUAUUUGUCGAAUUUAUACCAGAUGAUAGAUAAAAAAAAACUGUCACCCAAAGUAUUAAGAUUGGCCAUAACCAACAUUUUAAAUGUGCCUACCUGGCGGCUAACUAACUAACUAAAAGUUCGCAAUGAUAAAUCUUAUUGAAGGCAUAUGAUCUACUAAAAAAAAAAAUCUAUAAUCAAUAUCAUAUAAGUUAGUUAGUUAAUAAGAAAUAAUAAACACAAAAUUCAAAGUAACGUAGAAUAUUAAAUUUGAGAAUCUUGUGAGUGUUGGAAAAUCAAUUUGAUCUUGUUAGCCACCCAAAAAGAA